AUGAAUGGGAUCGAUGUCGUGGCGGCUCGUAUACCCAAUUUAGAGACUAGCAAGACAAUUGGUACUCCCACUGUUGAGACGAAGUCCCAGACUCCGACAGCUGGGGACGACGCACUGGCCCAAGCUAUGGUUUGGGCAUUUGAGAGGGUUGCUGAAACCCAUUCAGGAUCAGGAAGUGUUGUCUCUUUGUUGCAAGAUAGGGCCUACCAGUGGUGGUUAACUGUUGAGCAAAGUGCUCAGCCGAGGCAGGUGAAUUGGGACUACUUUAAAAAUGCCUUCGAGGGUAAGUAUGUGAGGGCAAGUUAUGUUGAGGCUCGUCGAUGCGAGUUCAUGAGUCUAGUUCAGGGUGAUAAGUCGGUCGCUGAGUAUGAGGUUGAGUUUUUACGAUUGAGUAGGUAUGCUCGAGCCUUAGUAGCAUCUGAUUAUGAUAUGUGUAUACAGUUUGAAGAAGGUUUGAGGUACGACCUACGUGUUCUAAUAGCUCCUCAGAGGGAGCGAGUAUUUGCUGCUUUAGUUGACAAGACAAAGAUUGUGGAAGACGUAAAGCUCCUCGAUGCUGGUAGAGGUGGUAGUGGAUCUAAAAGAAGUCAGAAGGCAUCGGCUAGAGGUGCUGAUCAGACUGAGGCUCGUCAUCCGAUACUAGUUUAUGCGGCUAGACGCCAUAAUGAGAGCGAUGAUGUUGAUGUCAUUGCAGGUACUUUCCUUAUUCAUUCUGCUCCGUAUUAUGCUCUUAUUGAUAUCGGUUCUACACACUCGUACAUAGCUAGUGUUGUUUCUGUAUCUUUUGGUUUAUUUGCUGAAGAUACGGCUAGAGCUAUUUCUGUGAUUAGCCCGUUCGGUCAAUCGAUUCGAGUCGAUAGGAUAUAUCGACGGAUACUGUUGGAAUUUCAGGGCAUAGUAUUUCCAGUCGAUUUAAUGGAAUUACCAUUCUAUGAAUUUGAUUUGAUACUGGGAAUGGAUUGGCUAGAUUGUGCAACUAAAAGGGUUACUUUAAGACCAACCGAAACCAAUGAGGUGAUCAUGAUAGGUGAACGACGAGAUUACCUUUCUAAUGUAGUCUCUGCUCUUGUAGCUAAGAAGCUAAUACAAAAAGGGUGUGAGGUUAAGGAGUUCCCAGAUGUAUUUUCCGAUGAAUUACUUGGAGUACCUCCAGAUAGAGAAAUGGAAUUUGGAAUUGACCUGCUACCUGGUACGGCUCUUGUGCCUAUUGCGCCCUAUCGCAUGGCACCAAAAGAGUUGACCCAAUUGAAAGCCCAAAUUCAGGAACUUCCAAAUAGAGGAUUUAUUCGACCAAAUGUGUCUCCAUGGGGGGCAUCAGUGUUUUUCGAGGAGCGUCCGUCUUUUCUAAGAUUGACUAACGCUCCGGAUAUCAUCUACUUAAGGUUAAAGAAACGAAUGUGUACAAAACUGCUUUCAGAACUUGAUAUGGCCUUUAUUCUUGGUUAUGCCUUUUGGGCGAACAAAUGCAACGGUGGCUUUUAUGGAUCUAAUGAAUCGGGUGUUCCAACUACACUUCGAGAAAAAAAGUUAUACGCUGAGUUCAGUAAAUACAAAUUUUGGUUACGGGAAGUCACCUUUUUGGGUCAUGUGGCAAUGGCUGAGGGGAUCCGAGUUAACCCCAAGAAAAUCGAAGCAGUUGUUGAGUGGAAAUAG